AUGCAACGUGAAGCUGAAGCUUUGGCCUAUGUCCCGCAAAGACGAUGCGACCGGCUCAAUCAACCUUGCGGGUACAGCCCGAUUUCUCAGCGUCGUACUCGCGAUGAACAGCUGCAGGAGCUCCAGGAGCGAUUGGCCAAGACCGAAGCUCAGCUCGCUCUCGAGAUCCCGCGAACAAGGACAGGUUCCAUGGCCUCACAUUUGCAGCCCCCAUCGGCCACUACUGCGCCCGUCUUGCCAUCACGUUGGCCUGAUGCCCUUGGCUCUAUUACUCCGGACACCAACACCCAGUACCAUCUCGCGACUACAGCAUCAUCACACGUUUCCACUGUCCCCGGAUCUGUAGGUCCGUCAACUGGCCGUAACCCCAUGGACCUAGACAGCCACCGAAACAUGGGCACGGCUAUCGAUCUACCGACUAACAGCUCACCCAUGCUAGAUAUUGACCUGUUUAAUCCAGGAGCCGACUCCAACAUAGCCUUCGACUGGUGCAACCCGCUUACAGCCCUGGAACCACUGGACAACAUACUCCUCACUCGCCUAUCGCCACGGUCUCUGGCUCACAGCGGCACCGAGGAGGAAAUCUCGCACGCGGAACUAAAUGCACUGCACAAGUACUACUUUGAAUCCAUUUACUUCUCCUUUCCCUUCUUGAACCAAGAUCGCUUUGCGGCAGAAUCGAUGAGAGACGGGCUUGCUAUAAGUGCCCUCAAUUACGCAGUUGCACUCGCUGGAUGCGCUCACUCAUCCUCUUCCCAGAACAAAGAGUCUGCUUGCUAUGUAUUAGCAAGGAACUAUGCAGAGAAGUGCGAAAGAGAUGACCAGUUGAACGACCUCAAUUUGUUGCAGGCUCUACUCUUUAUCGGAAGAUAUGAGGCUAUGGCUGGGAAGCUCGAAAGGAGCUGGAUGACACUGGGACGUGCUGUGAUGCUAUCCAGGCUUCUUGGACUGCCGUACAUGGAUAAACGAAAUGAAGAAGAUGGAUUUCAAGACUCUCAAAACCAUGACGGCUCCGGCCUGAGCCUGCCUGAAACGACCGAUCAGGUUCUUCUAGAGGAACGAAGAAGGACCUUCUGGGCUUUGUACAUAUUACUUAGUUACAUCAAGACACGUACCGGAUGGCAAUACAUGCUCGGCGACAUAAAGAAAUUUUACAUCGACCUCCCAUCACCAGGGUUACUGAGAUCCGGCCUAUUCACGCUCAAGAUGCCCUAUCUCUCAGACAUAGACUUGGAACCCAGCACCGAGAUCUCAUCCUAUGCAGGUUGCGUCCUAAUGGUAGAGCUAGCCCUACGCUGCUUUGACCACGGCCAAAGGCGGACUUCAGAGGGUUUCUGGGACGGCUACUGCGAUCUUGUGAAAAGGACGGAUGUGCUUUUUGGUAUGCUGAAACAACACCUGAAUGCUACGUCUAUCCGAGAGGACCCCGUUGCCUUCAGUCUGUAUCUGAACCUCCGCGCAACCGAGAUCUUUUCCCAUGAGUCAGCUAUUACUCGCAGCGAAGAACAAGGCCUGCCACCGCUGAUGACGACUGAAAGUCAACGUCGUGCCACUGCAGCUGCUUUUCAGAUAUCAACUGCAGUGCAUCUCAAUCUUCCCUCUCCUGGGAAGACCGAAAGCGACAUUAUUAUGCUGCAAGCCAUUUUCAUCGCGUGGCCGCUUACCAUGGCCUUGAAAGCAUUUCAUCGCGAGCUGGUGAAGGGUGGUGACCGCGACGGUAUGAACGGUGUUGUCGCAUCGUCAAGAUUGCUGUUUGCCGCUCUGGAUCAUAUUGAGGAGUCAGGCGGACACUGGCAUCGUAGCGUCUCACACGCUGAGGAGAGACUCCAGGAAUGGGAAGAAAAGAAUAGCUUCAACUCCUUAACGUUAUGA